AUGGAAGCCCUGCACCACAUGGCCACAGUAGAAGUAGGGCAGGAGGCUCAGGACGCCACUUGCUUGCAGCGGGGUCUCAGUAUGGGCAGUGCACGGACCCUCCCGGACCAACCAGAGGACACCAGAGCUUGGCCAGUCUGUCCAGCGCAAAAGGGGCCUGGGAGAGUGCAUCUCAGUCCCCAGGAGUGGCAGUGGCAAACCAAAGGAACGAUUUCAUUGAAAGUAAUUCCCAACCAGCAAAAUCAUCUUCCUGCACUACAGAUGUUCAUGAGAGCACAGUUUGACUAUGGUCCCAGAAAGGACAAUCCGAUCCCUUGCAAAGAGGCAGGACUGAAGUUUGUUACUGGGGACAUUAUCCAGAUCAUCAACAAGGAUGACAGCAACUGGUGGCAAGGAUGGGUAGACGGCUCCUCCAAGGAGUCAGCAGGGCUGAUUCCUUCUCCUGAGCUGCAGGAAUGGCGAAUGGCGAGUGUGGCUCAGUCUGCUCCGAGUGAAGCCCCGAGCUGUAGUCCCUUUGCAGAGAAGAAGAAAUACAAAGACAAGUAUCUGGCAAAGCACAGCUCCAUUUUUGACCAAUUGGAUGUUGUCUCCUAUGAGGAAGUUGUUCAGCUCCCUGCGUUCAAGAGGAAGACCCUGGUGCUGAUAGGGGCCAGUGGGGUGGGCCGCAGCCACAUUAAGAAUGCCCUGCUCAACCAGAAUCCAGAGAAGUUUGUGUACCCCACCCCAUACCAGCUGCCUGCGAUCUUAGACUCCUGUCACAUGACACUGAAGGUUGUUCGGACAGCAGAACCUUCACUUUUCAUUGUGUUCGUUGCACCUACUGAUCAGGGCACUCAGAGGGAAGCCCUACAGCAGCUGCAGAAGGACUCAGAGGCCAUCUGCAGCCAGUAUGCACACUACUUUGGCCUCUCACUUGUCAAUAAUGGCGUUGAUGAAACCCUCAAGAAACUGCAAGAAGCCUUUGACCAGGCGUGCAGUUCCCCACAGUGGGUGCCUGUCUCCUGCGUUUACUAA